AUGAUAAAAGAUGAAAAUUUAAGUCUUGAAUCUAUGAAAAAGCUAAAAAAAUUAGAAGAAAAGUUAAAUGAAGAAUCACAAAAGAAGGAAAAAAAGAAAAGGGAAGAAAAUGCUAUAAAUAAUUAUGUGAAACUAAAAUCCUUGGAGCAUUCAUUGCCUCAAAAAAUUAAGAAAAAAAUUAGAACUAUGAAGAUAAAUGACAUCAAUGACCUCAAAAAGUUAACUGUUACUAAAAAAAAGAAGUAUUAUAUCAAAAUAUUAGAUAAAAAGGAUUUAAAACAUAAGAAAAAAAAAAAGACAUGA